CACAGAGGAGCAGCUUUCCACUGCCGUCGGAAACCAGAGGACCAAACCAAACAAGGAUCCUGAGUUCCCCUUUCACAGAACAAGUGUUCCACAGAAAUGGAUGAGGGGGGUGUGAUGUGCCCCCCGGUGUUCGUGGUGGAUGGUCAGGCGGGGUACCCUCUGCCCCCCAGACCUCCCCCCCGCCGGCGUAGCACUGUCCAGUGGCUGCUCUUCCUGCUGGUGUCCCUGGCACUGUGUGGCAUGGCUGUGGAGGCCUGCUUCAUCUACCACCUCUACAGCAGCAGGAACAUCCCGAGUGGAAGGACAGAGAAGAGUUACCAAGACAGAAACGAGAUUGAAACUUUAAAGACAACCAAUCAUGUGGUGAAGCCAUCAGCACCUGCAGCACACCUGACAGCCUUGUCCCUGCCCCCUCAGGCAGAUGGGGUGUUGCAGUGGAAUCUGGAUGGCAAUUCCUUCACCCACCAGAUGCAGUACAGGGAGGGAGUGCUGGUGGUGGAGGAGGAAGGGUACUACUUCAUCUACUCCAAAGUGUUCUUCACAGAGCCAGAGUGCACCUCCUUCACCCACGCGGUGCUGUGUAACACGCAGCGGUACCUAGGGGGCGACACAGAGCUCAUGCAGUCCAGGAGGUUUCACUGCAGGAGCCAAUGGAGGAGCAGGAACCUGCUGAACAGCUACCUGGGAGGAGUCUACCACCUGAGCAAGGGUGACUCCAUCUAUGUGAAGGCUCAGAACCACACCCAAAUCGUCCGACAUAUCUCCCCCGAAAACUUCUUUGGAGCGUACAUGAUCUAGAAACAGAGCAGCUUUAUGUGAUGAAUAAAAUAUCUUCUGCUCUUUAUCUUGUUACUAAAGACAUCACCAGCUAAGUGUUCUUAUGGAAAAUAUACAGGUAUUCCCUACCAGUUUUUGAAGUUGGAUGUUUAUGAUGUUAAGAAAAAACUCCACCAUUAUUUGUUUUGCAACAUAAAAUUCAGAUUUAGUACAACAUCAGAGAGACUGGGGUGUGA